AUGUAUAUAAAUACAGUAGCACAUAGCGAAAAGCUACCCAAAACCUUGAACAUUUCAAAAGAGAAACGUAUCAUGGCGAGCCACAGCCCUACAGGACAUAGCCCGCCUAUCGAACAGCAUCAUGUUGUAGGAGUAGGCGAUAUGGGCAAUGUAACAGCAGCAGACAAUCACAACAACAACAACCCGGAUCAAAUCCAGUACUAUGGCGAGGAGGCGCGCUAUUACCAAUCGAGUGUUGACGGCAGUGUCAUGGAAGCAUACGCUGAAAAACCACCACCGCCACCAAGACGACGAUUCUACAAGCAAAAGAAAUAUUGGAUCAUUUGCAGCAUUUUAACGGCCAUCAUUGUGGUUGUGGUUGUCUUGCUUAUUAUAUUUGUAUUUUUCCCAAUGAUUGCACAAAGCAUCAUGAACAAGGCUGGCAUCAAUGUAAACAAGGCGGAUAUUACGUUUUCACUCCCUGACAAUGGCCAAGGUGGUGCUACUAAGCGUCAAGAAGCAACAACCUAUGACAUGAAUACAACCUUCUUUAUGCACAUGGGCAGCAAACUUACAAACACGGGUCCAUUCUCUGCCGACAUUCACUUUCACAAUCCACUCAAUGUCUAUUACAAUGACACCGUAUUGCUUGGGACCAUCACUUUACCAGAUACCCAUGUUUCAGGUGGCCAUGGUUCUAUUGAUGCCGUCACGCCCUUUACAAUCCAAGACACUGCCGUAUUUGCUGCAUUCGCAAAGGAGAUGUUGGCAUUGGAAAGCUUCAAAUGGCGCAUCAAAGGCAAACUUGAUAUCCAUGCGUUAACAAGAUCGGCCACCGUGGAUCUUGACAAGACCAUUGAAUUGAAAGGCAUGAAUGGUUUUCCUGAAGUUUCAAUCGAGUCAUUUGAUAUGCCAGCAAAUGCACCUGAAGGCGGCAUCCAAGUACAACUGGGAACGGUGCUUACAAGUCCAUCGCCUAUUGGCGUACAACUAGGAACCAUUGCCCUUGAGAUUGCGUAUGAUGGCGUUAUGCUUGGACGAGUAACAUCAGACAAUGUGACGCUUACUCAAGGCGAGAAUAAGCUGAUGUUGGCUGGUGCGCUGGUACCACAAUCCGAACAGGCAAACCUUGAUAAGAUUGGUGCACUUUUCUCAAGGUACAUUUCUGGAAAUCAAAGCAUCACCAAUGCUCGUGGUCUUUCGUGUGCACCCAAUGGUCAUGAUCCCAUCGGAUGGCUUUCUGAAGGCUUUCAAAGUGUACAGCUCAAUGUUGGCCUAGGUCUUAAGGAGCCAAUGAAUAUCAUCCAUGGCGUUAGCAUGGGCUUGUUGGACAUGAGCUUCUCAUCAGAUGCACCCUAUGCACCUAUUGUCUCUGCACCUGCUGUCACAGCUGAUUUUUCGAUUCCAUUUGGAUUUUCGCUCAACAUUACGGAGGUCUCACAAGAGCUCAAUCUAGGCACCAAUGCAUCAGGUGACUUUGCCGUCAUCUCUACGCCAUUUGUACCAUCACAAAGUGACCAAGCUUCUGGAAAACUUCAAUUUGGAAUGAGCAACGUAUCCAUUGCUGCCAUGGAUAACAAGCACGCUGAGUUUGACAAGUUCACUUACGACCUCACAGCAUCGGAUGCUUAUACCUUCAAUGUUGGUGGAAAGGCCAAUACCAAAACAAGCACGCCUAUUGGUGAUAUCACUCUUUCCGGUAUUACAUUCAAGGUCCCAACAACGCUUCAUGGCUUGCAAUUUUUGAAUAGCACUGCCACCGUUGUGAAUGGAGUCGAUGUCAUUGGUGGCACUUCGGAUGCUUUACAGCUCUCUAUCAAUGUUACCAUGGAUAAUCCCUCCGAUUUUUCAAUCACUACAGGUGAUGUUUCCUUUGCAUUUUUGGCGAGUGGCACGCAGCUGGGUCAAGUCAUGUUAUCCAAUCUCAAGCUGAAUCGUGGGUCAAAUAGCGUCUCGGCUUCUUCUACCUUUGAUCCCAAGAGUUCAAGCGUGGGUCAAAAUCUUCUUAGCAGCUUUGUCAUGGGGCAAAACAACGAUGUUAUGAUCUCUGGUUAUGAUGGUUCCACGGCUAUUCAAUCAUUGGCCACAGCAUUUAGUGCUAUCACCCUCACCACCACGUUGCCUGGUUUAACGUCUUCCUUGGUGCAAGGCUCCAAAUUGACCGUCAAUGAAGAUUCGCCCACUACGGGUAUUGUCACAGUCCAAGUAUCGAUUGCCAAUCCAUUUACGGCUGGGCUCAGCAUUACAUCGGUCAAGUCUGCUGUCACAUACAAAGGCAUGCCCGUGGGCAAUAUUGAUCAAGAUAUCAGCAGCAAUCCUAUUGUCAUUGGUGGUCAUUCAACAGCACAAUCAAGCCCGCUUUCUAUGACCAUGAAUGUUGAACCAGCAUCUGUGGCUUUAUUAUUGCGUGAGCUUGCCGUAUCAGCCAACAUGGAUACACGUGCUUUGGAUGCUUUACUUGGCAUGGGUGGUUUGCACGUACAAGGAAUGGAGGACGUUUCAGCUGAUUCAAGUCUUUUCCAAGGCUUCAAUGUUUCGAGCUAUGUGAUGCAAGCCAUGCAAGCACUCUCAGCUGAUCUUCAAUUACAAUCGGGGCUGACUAUUGGCGAAUACGUGAAUACUUUGGAAUUUUCGCAAAGCAGUGUGGCUGUCCAAACAGAUGACACAGUGACACGCUUGAUUCCCAUUGUUGGCCAACCCAUUGUGCAGCAAAUUGUGGAUGGUGCCAUUCUCGGCUUUGAUUCGGUGGUUCUCUCAUCGCCUACGGAUACAAGCUUCAAGGUGCAAAUGUCUGGAAGCAUCACUAAUGCGGGCCCUAUGGAUGCACAAAUCUCAUUCCCAUCCCCACUUACCAUUGCUUGGGAAGGUCGUGUUCUUGGUACCGUUCAAAUGGCAACCAUUGAUUCCAAGGCUGAUGUGGGUGCCCAAUUCAAUGUACCUGGUGAUUUCUCAGUGGUGGAUCAAGAUGCUAUGGGCGAUUUUGCUGCAUACAUGAUCAACAAUGCUGAUUUCCAAUGGAACAUUUACACUGAUGCCGUCAAUGUCAAUGCCCUUGGUCUCACUUUUACGAAUGUCAAGAUGAACAAAUUUGUGACUCUUGCUGGUGCCAAUGGCUUCAAGGAUGCCGUCAAGAUCGACAAGUUUGAUUUACCAUCCAAUGACCCUGCUGGCGGUAUUACUCUCACUGCAUCAACUACCAUCAACAACCCCAGCCAAGUUGGAUUCAACUUGGCAGGUGCAGGAUUCAGUGCCUUCUUUGAAGACGUAUUACUUGGUCCAUUGGCGAGUGAUGGUGCUGCCGUAUUCCCACCAAGAGGCACAGCCAACAUCAAUAUGAAGGGCCGUUUGAUUCCUCAAGAAUCACAAGAGGGAAUAGAAGCCGUUACCAAGGUGUUUGAGAAUUACUUGGGUGGCAAGGAUACGCCUUUGACGGUUGUAGGCGAUUCUGGUUCAGGACCCAAUGGUCAAGUGGGUUGGCUUACUAAAGGAUUCAAGGCUAUCAAGAUCGAAAACGUGAUUAUGCCUGGUCCAGAUGCCAUACCAUCAUUGAUUACAUCAAUUGAGCUAGCCAACAUGCAAAUGGAUCUUACAAAAGACCCAUACGCUCCACCUACAAGCUCCAAUAAGGUACAGGCGCAACUGAAAAAUCCAUUCGGCUUCCCAUUGGGUGUAUCAAAGAUUAGCAUGGAUACCAUUGCUGGCCUUGGUGGACACAACAUUGCCAAUUUGGUAGUCAAGGAUGAAAGUGCUUCCACCAGUGACACGGGCUUGGUCACUACACAGUUCUCGGAUGUCCCCUUCAAGGUUUAUAAGGACGCACAUGACUACUUUGAUGCCUUUGUCAAGAUGCUCACGUCCACUUCCAAUGUGACCUUUGAGCUGAGUGGCAAGUCCGAUGCUGUUGCAAGCACUGCCAUUGGAUCUUUGUCGCUUGAUGGUAUUACAUUUGGUGUUGAUACUACACUUGCAGGAUUCAACAACUUUGGUGGAACAUCACCUAUUCAAAGCCUUACUGUCACAGGAGCAACAUCCGAGUACAUUAUUGUCAGCGUUACAUUCACCCUCACCAACCCAUCACAGAUCACUGCUAAGCUUGGUGAUAUCGUGUUGGAUGUGAUCAUGACCGAAUUUGAUGCAUCGGUGGGCAAGGUGUACGUCAAGGACCUUUUACUUGUGCCUGGUGCUAAUACAGUGGGAGGUGAAAUGCACAUGAUGGGAUCCAACCUACAAGCCCUUGGACAGCUUUUGAGUAACUACAUGACGAAUGCAAACGUACCUCUUAACGUUCGUGGGUCCAUGGAUUCAACAUCUAUCCCAUCUCUCAAACAAGCACUUUCCACUGUGAGCUUAUCCACCAAUAUGCAAGGCAUCAAUGCUAGCUUGAUCCAGUCGGUGAAUGUCAAGGCCACGGAUGAGAUCUUAACCACACGCGUGGGCUAUUCGUACAUCACCAUCCGAAAUCCUUUGGAUACGCCUUUUACCAUUUCACAUGUCAAGGCGGACGUCAAUGGGAAGAACUAUUGGGAGGUAUAUGGUACUUUGGGUCGUAUGGAUGCUGCCGUGGAUCCACCCGUGACCAUUCCUGCUGGUGGUAGUGCCGUUGCUGAGAACCUCAAGGUACAAAUGGAUCCUGAAUUAGCUGAUGAUACUACGAUGGCAAUGAUGCUGCUCAAUGGUAUGGAAGGCAACCUUGCUUUUGAUAUUGCUCAAAAUGCCACUGUCACUAUUGGAGAUGGCUUCCAGACGAUCAUGUACUAUUACCAAGAUCAAGUCGCAGCAUCGAUUGAACUCGUGGUUGGAUUUUCGGCUUCCUCUCUGAAUCUGACGAUUCCUGAUAAUGCUACUACAACCACGAAUGCAUCAUCUUCGGUACCUGAGGCUUCAUCAACAACAUCGGUGCCUAUAUCUUCAGCAUCAGAACAGCCACCACAGCCCUCUGAUCCUACUACAACUACCGAUCCUGUUGAUAAUGGUGAUAGCAGUGAUGCCGUCACACCAACACCCCCACCAUCCAAUGAUGGCCAAGAUACUGAGUCACCAUCCACAACGCCUGAUGAAACGUCCGAUGCUGCUACUACUACCACUGGUGAAACCUCUGGCGAUGAUGAUAGCAAUCAAGAUAGCUCUGACGACGGUGAUCCACAACCUUCUGAUAAUAUCCAGCAACGUCGUUGGCUAUGGCCAUUCUUUUAA